CAUUUUAAUACUUCUGGCAUAGUUGAGAAGUACAAUCUAACAGAUCAAAAUAAUUUUGAUAGGAUAUUUCUUAAUUCUCAAGUUCUUGAUUUAUCCGAAAGUGAGUUAGAACUAUUAAAAAAUAUUGAAAGUGAAAUUCCAAUAGAUAUUCGUUUAGAAAAUGUGGAAAAAAUUGAGGAAAUAUCAACUGAAACGGAUUUUAGUAGAAAACAGGUUAUUAAAGCAAACGAUGAACAGUUAAUUUUAAAUAGAGAAGCUUCAGAAAAACCAAUGUCUACUGAAGUUGAUAAGGAAGUGAACGAUUCGGAUCCUAGUUAUGUACCUGAUAAUGAUUCUAAUGCUUCUAUCGAUGAGGAUCUUGAUGAAAUUAAUGAACCCGAAGAAACUGUUAGCAAAAAAAAUAAUGUUACAAUAGUAAUUCAAGAAAAUAUCAUAUCUAAAGGAUUUGAUGUAUCUUUGCCUAUUCGACACGUUCCCUCAUCAUCGACAGCAUGUGAAUUAGAAAACAAUCCAAGUGACGGUGGUCUUAAUGAAAAUAGAUCUGUCGGUCAAAUAUUUAAUGACAAAAAUGGCACUUAUUACACAGAAAAAAAUGCUGGAAAUAAUUCUGAAGACGUCGAUAAAACUUCUAAAAUCUUUGAAAUACCAGAGCAAUUGGAAAAUACUGAUACGAGAAUUUUAGUUAUGCCGUCAAACUCAGGGAGUAAAGUUCAUGCGUGUUUAUACUGUAUGAAACUACAAACACGAUUACCCAGGCACUUAGAAUUAGUUCAUCCAAUGGAAAAAGAUGUUAAAGCUUUCCUCGCGUACCCACGAAAAAGUUCAAUUAGACAUGAAUUAGUUGCGAAGAUUCGGAACAAGGGUGAUUAUAUAUAUAAUAGUAAUUUAUCAGGUAAAUCACUUUGCAAGCGGAUUGUGUCUAGGCGGCCUAAUGUUUCAAAACCCAAAAAUCCAAGUGAGUUUAUGUUUUGCCCUAGCUGUCAGCUGUCAGUUUGUGAAAAAUCUCUUUCAGCUCACUUCAAAUACUGUACCGGAAAAGAUGGGAAAAAACGCAGGGUCAUUAAAAAACUGGCAAAAAUAUAUGAUAAUGAUUUACAUCCUGAAGCAUCUAAAAAGUUACGCAACCUAAUCGUUUGCAUGCAUGUCGACGAUGUUUCAAAAACCUUAAAAUUCGAUACUCUAUUAAUACGAUUUGGAAAUACGCUUUGUGAGAAGUACAAACAUGAUCAGCAAAAUGAACUGAUUCGUAAUCGACUUAGACUCUUUUCAAAGCUUCUUGUAACGACACAAAAAAUUGAAAAACAUACAUACGAAAAAAAUAAUCCUGGUAAAUCUUCUACUUUCACUCCAAAAAUAAAAAACAUGGCUUGUUUAUUUCACCCACAACAUAUAAAUACUUGCUUAAAAGCAGUUCAUCUCAUGGCAGGGGGAAAUGAUAAAAAUUACGAUAUGAAAUCUCCAUCGGUUGCAUCUUUAAUCGGGACUUUCUUAAAACAGCUUGGAAAUUUCUUGAAAUGUGAAAAUAUAAUGAGUAAUUUGAAGAACAAAAAUGAAGAGAUCGAUGACUUUCUAUUGGUUGUAGAGAGAAAGUGGGCAGACGUUAUAAAUAAAAACGUUCAAGAAGCGCAGAUUAAAAAGAAGAGACAAAAAAAAAUAAUUCUACCCACGACAAACGAUAUUAACAAACUAAUGGAUCAUUUACUAAAUCAACAAAUGUUAGCUUCCAACUCUCUUAAAGAACAAUUUUCAACUGAAAAUUAUCUUUUGUUGGCUGAAACAACACUCAUGAUUGUUCAAAUGUUUAACCGGAGAAGGGCAGGUGAAAUGGAACGGGUUCUAUGGGAAGAUUUUAAGCUGUAUAAUAGUCUCAAGCAAGAUCGAUUCAAAGAAAUUAUGGAAAGUAUCUCUGCCCAGGCCAGAGAGUUCUGUAAUAAAUACGUAAGAUUUUCAAUCCGGGGCAAGCGUGGAAGAGAGGUUACAGUUCUAUUAGAUGAGACUAUGUUUAGUGCAAUUGAAAUGUUAGAAAAAAACAGGUUGAAAGCUGGAAUCCGUCAAAAUAACCCGUAUAUCUUUGGGAUACCUGGAAAUUCUGACGAUAAAUAUUGUUAUUUACGAGCUUGUGUACUGAUGCACAAAUACUCAAAGCAAUGUGGAGCUCAAAAUCCUGGAUCUUUACGUGGAACAGCAUUACGAAAGCAUAUUGCUACCUAUUUAGUAAACCAUAACGCAGCUAAUAUUGAUCGUACUAAAUUGGCUAACCAUCUAGGCCACAACAUGGGAAUACAUGAAAAUUACUACCACCUUGUCAAUGUUGCUGAAGAAAUUUGUCAACUACCGCGAGUUUUAGAAAGUGCUUGUGGCGCAAAACAUUCUAAAGACACUAAGCACGAUUCAUCGGAUGAUUCUGAUUCGAACUCUGAAGAUGAACAAUCAGAAGCUGAUAAUUAUGAGCUGUUUCAAAAAAAUAGUGUCAUGGAAAAUUCAUUCAUUAUUGACGGCGAAGUAUCAUGUUCUGAUUCUCCAAAAACUUUAAGUGGAGUUUCAUUAGACAAAGAUUUGGAAGAAUCAAUAAAAACUUCGUGCAGAAGGCAAAAAUGGAAUGAGCGUCACAUCGAUGCUAUGCUGAAUCAUUUUAAAGACGAAAUAAAUGAUGGACGCUAUCCAAACAAUAAAAAAAUGAUAGAAGUGUGCUCUAUUGAACCAUUAUUAAAGAACCGCUCAAUUCCAGCCAUGAGAACAUGGUUUUCAAAUUACUAUAAAAAAAUGAAGCCAAAAAAAGCGGAGUGAUUUUGAUAUUUGAUAUCAGUCAUGAGUUAUUUUGAAAAUCAUUUAGCGAAUAGAAAUAGAGGAGUAUUGUGAUAAUGAGUCAAUCGCUCUUAGUUUAGUUAUAUUGUAGAAGCGAAUGUUUCUUAACUUUUGAUAAUGCCAUAUCGUUUGUUUACGAUAGUAUUAGUAGUCAAAUAUAAGUGGUGCAAUAAUACUCAAAUAUUUCAAAACUAAAAAAAAACUUUGUAAUCUUAAAAUAAGUGAUUAUAAGUACUAGCUCAGAAAUGUUUGAUAGUUAAUUAUAUUUAAGUUCAGC